AGGGAGAGUCCAUAUCGUUGGCCCAGCCCACAUCUUCAUCCUCUCCCCACCCCCAGGUCGGGCGCCCUCACCGGCACCGCGCCGCCGCCGCCUCCUCCUCCAGCUUGCUCUCCCUCGUGCUUGGCCCCUUCCCUUUCCACCCGUAUAAGUAUAGGAUAUCGCCCUUCUCUCCUUGGGGGCGUCGCGUCUUCUUCCUCCCUGCCUGCCUGCCUGCCCUGGAGUAAGGAAGCAGACAGCACUUGGAGUUACUGCCAACCACCGGGCUCGGCUGUCAAAUCCUCUAUUUGGCAGCCAGCCCGUGUCCAACUCAAUCCUAAUUGGCAGCAAUUUUACCGACACCACCUGACGUGUUCAGCCCUCUUCUUGGGUCAACUGCGCCACGCAUAAAUAAAUUGCCAGCCAGAGCUUCUUCCAAGUCCCCGUUGGCUACACAUGUUUCUUUCUUUUUCUUCCAAACACAAGGAAAAAUCAAUUCAACUUAUGCAAACCGCGUGUUAGGACCGACACAGACAGACAGCUAAGACUGCCUUUUUUCCCUUCCUGUGAAGCAGGACAAAGGUGCAGGCACAUAAAUAACGUGCACAAGUUCCUCCUUGGCUUGUGACAAGAAUCUUGUUGCUUCUGAGAGGCUCCACAACCCAUGAUGGCUUCCUUCUCAGGACCCCUCCACCGCCCCCUCUCCGCCAUGGCCGUCGCAGCCUUUGCUGCCGUCUCCUCCCUCGAGCUGCCUGACAAGUUGUCCCACCACAAGCUUUCUGAUGCAAGCGCGAAAGCAGAUGCGCAUGUGUCACUUCGAGCCACCAGGACAAAUGCUCCAGCGGCGCCUUCAGCCUCUGCCCUGUCUGUGCAGCUAUUGCCACACAAUCUCCAGAGUUUGCAACCGAUGAAGGCUCCGUUCGCAUCUUUGCCGGUCAUCCAGACCGUUUACCAGUAUGCAAGGUUUACCAAGACCUUGGAACAAGACGAUGCGAUGCCCGCAGUUGCUUCAUCGUCAUCUGACGUGCUGUACCGCUGGCAUCUGCCAGACCCCAGGGUCUGUGCCAAAUUCCCUGACAAGUCUCAGACUGUGGUGGUUCUUCUUGGGUGGCUGGGCUCAAGGCAGAAGCAUCUCAAGAGAUAUGCUGAUUGGUACACCUCCAGGGGCUUCCAUGUUGUCACUUUCACCCUCCCAAUGUCUGACAUCCUCAGUUAUAACCUUGGAGGGAAGGCUGAGAAGAAUGUAGAGAUGCUAUCUGAACAUCUUGCUGGCUGGGUAAGGGAGGAAAGUGGGAAGAAGAUUAUUUUUCACACCUUCAGUAAUACUGGUUGGCUUUGCUAUGGCGUAAUUCUGGAGAACCUACAACGGCGGGAUGCUUCAGCAGUGGAGAAAAUUAAAGCUUGCAUAGUAGACUCUGCGCCUGUUGCUGCACCUGAUCCUCAGGUUUGGGCCUCUGGCUUCUCAGCUGUCCUCAUGAAAAAACGUAGUAUCACCACAAAAGGACUAGGAUCAAAUGAUUCAAGGUCUGGUGUCGUAGUUGUGGAGUCUAGCAUGGAGCCCAAGCCGGCAGCAACAGAGGCAGUUCUGCUAUCAUCUUUGGAGACCUUUUUUGAUGUUGUUUUGAACUAUCCAAGGAUCAACAGGAGGUUAUCUGAUGUCAUGGAGCUUUUGUCGUCGAAGCAACCAAAGUGCCCCCAACUAUAUAUAUACAGCUCCGCUGACAGGGUCAUCCCAGCAAAAUCAGUGGAGUCAUUCAUCGAGGGGCAGCGGAGAGCUGGGCGCGAGGUGAGAGCCUGCGACUUUGUGUCAUCCCCCCAUGUGGAUCACUACCGGAGCAAUCCUGGGUUGUACACCUCUGAGCUGAGCAACUUCUUGGAGGAAUGUGCCCUUACAAACCGUUGCGAGGAUGCAGGGUCGUCAUGAUAAUCACAUUGUUGCGGCAGAAUACAAAACAGUUGGUUGUUUUAUUCUUUUGCUCCGUGGUCUUUGAAUUGAAUGUACCAGGGAUAUAUGCCGGUCGGUUAUACCAGGAGACUCUGACAUGUUCUUGUUCUUCCCUUUUGCGGGGCUGACUCUAGGCGCACAGUUGUAAAAAAACGUUGAGAUAACAAAAAAGAAAAAAUGAGUGGAUUCUUUGUUU